AUGCAGAACGGCGAUUUGCGCAAGAAGGUUCGUGCUCUUGGAUUCUUUGGCUUUGCUUGUUUAGACGGGAGUAGUGAAAAUGUUGGGAAUGAUGGCAAUUCGAGAAUUUCCGGGAGGAAAUUGAGUGCAGCGGAAAUUGAUUUCUUUACUGAAUAUGGCGAUACUAAUCGAUACAAAGUUCUGGAGGUCAUAGAGAAGGUUGCAAUAAAGAAGAUACACAACAUUUUUGAGCAUAUAUCGGAUGCUGCACGCAUACUCCGUGAAAUCAAGCUUCUCAGGCUUCUUAGGCAUCCUGAUGUAGUGGAAAUAAAGCAUAUCUUGCUCCCCCCAUCCAAAAAGGAUUUCAAAGAUAUAUAUGUUGUCUUUGAACUUAUGGAGUCAGAUCUUCAUCAAGUAAUAAAGGCUAAUGAUGAUUUGACGAGGGAGCAUUAUCAGUUUUUCUUGUAUCAGAUGCUUCGAGCUUUGAAAUAUAUGCACACAGCAAAUGUCUAUCACCGAGAUUUGAAGCCCAAGAAUGUGCUUGCCAACGCAAAUUGCAAACUCAAAAUUUGUGACUUUGGCUUGGCGAGAGUUGCAUUCAAUGAUGCACCUACGACAGUCUUCUGGACAGAUUAUGUGGCAACGAGAUGGUAUAGAGCACCUGAACUUUGUGGGUCCUUCUAUUCUAAGCUCCUCAUGGUUCCUCCACUAGCACCUCUGGACAAUCACAAGUUGCGAUUGUCCUUACCUGACAGCCUCGCAACAACACCUCUCAAGUAUACACCAGCUAUUGAUAUAUGGAGUAUAGGGUGCAUUUUUGCCGAGGUGUUGAUUGGAAAGCCUCUAUUUCCUGGUAAAAAUGUUGUUCACCAGCUGGAUUUGAUAACUGAUGUUCUGGGGACACCUUCAUUAGAUGCUAUUUCUCAGGUGCGGAAUGACAAGGCAAGAAAAUAUCUGACAUGCAUGCGGAAGAAACAGCCUGCUUCGUUUUCGCAGAAAUUUCCAAAGGCUGACCCAUUAGCAUUACGAUUGCUUAGGAGGCUUCUAGCUUUUGAUCCAAAGGAUCGUCCCUCUGCUGAAGAGGCAUUGGCAGAUCCAUACUUUAAUGGACUAGCAAAGGUAGAGCGAGAACCAUCUUGUCAACCGAUACCAAAAAUUGAAUUUGAAUUUGAGGGUCGUAGAGUAACAAAGGAGGACAUCAAGGAACUGAUCUUUGAAGAAAUUUUGGAGUAUCAUCCUCAAUUACUGAAGGAGCAUAUCAGUGGAACAGACAGACGAAACUUUGUUCAUUUAAGUGCUGUCGACCAAUUUAAGAAACGCUUCGCUGAACUCGAGGAAAAUGGUGGCGAAAAUGGAUCAGCUGUUUCAUCACAGAGGAAACAUUCUUCUUUGCCAAGGUAA